CCGUUAGCUGUUAGCUGUUAGCCGUUAGCUGUUAGCUGUUAGCUGUUAGCCACCUAGCUUCUCUGUGUGUGUUUUGUUUGGUUGCCGUUAGCAGCAAGAUGGCGGCUCCCGUCCCGGCGCACGGAUCCUCUGCUCUGCAUCUUUAACAUCAUCUCUCCUCCUCCCCGGUGCUCCGCUAGCACCGUGCAUGGACCUGGACCGGCCGGGCAACAACUCAGUAACCCGCAGCUGGAUCUAUCUCUGUUUCUGCUGGUUUUCUAUCAGCCUGAGCGGCUCCCGGCGGCGGACGACCGACUGAGCUCAGCGAUCCACCGGGGCUAAAAUGGCGGACUGUCUGCUGCAGUUUCUGGGCUAGCUAACAAAGCUAACACCCCACAGACUGGUCCCUGCUAGAACCAGAACCACAGACUGGUCCCUGUUAGAAGCAGAACCAGAACCACAGACUGGUCCCUGUUAGAACCAGAACCAAAGACUGGUCCCUGUUAGAAGCAGAACCAGAACCACAGACUGGUCCCUGUUAGAACCAGAACCACAGACUGGAUCACCAGAGCAGGAUGUUUAUCCGCCUCUAAGUGACUGAAGCUGCCCACAGGAACACUCUGGUGUUAAAACAAACAAGGCUAACUACGGUAGCUGCUGUCAAAUUAGCCCUGCUAGUUAGCAUCAGGAGCUAGUUAGCCUCUGCUAGUUAGCAUCAGGAGCUAGUUAGCCUCAGGAGCUAGUUAGCCUCUGCUAGUUAGCAUCAGGAGCUAGUUAGCCUCUGCUAGUUAGCAUCAGGGGCUAGUUAGACCAGGGAGCUAACUAGCUACUAACUAAACUAACUAGCCUCAGGAGCUAGUUAGCCUCUGCUAACUAGCCUCAGGAGCUAGUUAGCCUCUGCUAGUUAGCUUCAGGAGCUAGUUAGCAUCAGGAUCUAGUUAGCAGGCUAAUGCUAACCGUGUUAGCGAGCCUUGCCUGAACUAUUUGACUGUAUUCGGACUGACUGACUGACUGAGUGAGUCCAGCCCAUCUCUGAGGACCCGGACCAGCAUCAUCAUGGCCUCCGAGCCCGUGGUGCUGCGGCCCCGCUGGAAGCGCGUCCUGGGCUGGACCGGCCCGGUGCCGCGGCCCCGCCACGGACACCGAGCCGUGACCAUCAAGGAGCUGAUGGUGGUGUUCGGCGGAGGGAACGAGGGGAUCGUGGACGAGCUGCACGUCUACAACACAGCUACCAACCAGUGGUUCAUCCCUGCAGUGCGAGGUGAAGUCCCCCCCGGCUGUGCUGCCUACGGCUUUGCGUGUGAUGGGACGAGGCUGCUGGUGUUUGGAGGCAUGGUGGAGUACGGCAAAUACAGCAGCGACCUGUAUGAGCUGCAGGCGAGUCGUUGGGAGUGGAAAAAUCUGAAGGCCAAGGCUCCAAAGAACGGUCCGCCUCCCUGCCCUCGCCUCGGCCACAGCUUCUCUCUGAUUGGCAGUUGCUGCUACCUGUUUGGAGGACUGGCCAAUGACAGUGAAGACCCCAAGAACAACAUCCCCAGGUAUCUGAACGACCUGUACUGUCUGCAGCUGCGACCGGGCUCUAGUGUGCUCGGCUGGGAGAUCCCGCCGACAUCAGGUCCGCCGCCGCCGCCCAGGGAGAGUCACACGGCCGUGGUGACAAGCGGCCGCUCAGCCAACAGACUCAUUAUCUACGGAGGGAUGAGCGGCUGCAGACUGGGAGACCUGUGGGUGCUCCACAUAGACUCUCUGACGUGGAGUAAACCGACCCUCAGUGGAACCGGCCCCCUCCCCCGCAGCCUGCACUCUGCCACCACCAUCAACAACAAGAUGUACGUGUUUGGAGGUUGGGUUCCUCUGGUGAUGGAUGAUGUCAAAGCGGCAACUCAUGAGAAGGAGUGGAAGUGUACCAACACACUGGCCUGUCUCAACCUGGACACCAUGUGUUGGGAGACGGUUCUGAUGGACAGUCUGGAGGAGAAUGUCCCCAGAGCUCGAGCAGGUCACUGCAGCGUGGCCAUCAACUCCAGACUCUACAUCUGGAGCGGCAGAGACGGAUACAGGAAGGCCUGGAACAACCAGGUGUGCUGCAAGGACCUCUGGUACCUGGAGACAGAGCGUCCCUGCGCUCCCUCUCGGGUGCAGCUGGUCCGGGCCAACACGUCGUCUCUGGAGGUGAGCUGGGGUCCUUCACAGACCGCAGAGACUUACCUGCUUCAGUUGCAGAAGUAUGACAUUCCCACCGCACUUGCAGCCACCUCACCUGCCUCACCUGUCCCUACUGCCACACCUGGAGUCAGCACCUCCAAGAGCCCUGUCCCCGUCGCCACACUACCAGCUAACCAAACUGUCCCGCUGUCCGGCAUCACGCUGGUCCCCUCCCCCACUGCCUCCGUACCUGGAAACCCAUUGGCCGCUGCUGCCAAAUCUCCAGCAGUCCUGAAGGUGUCGGCAGCUCCGGGUGCAGCGGGUGGAGCCUCCAUCGUCACAGUGAAACAGGCCACGCCCAAAUCCACGGUCGCCAUGACGACACUUCCUGCAGGUGUUCGUAUGGUAGUACCUGCUCAGCCCGGUCAGGGGACGCCAAUAGGAAGCAGUCCUCAGAUGAGCGGCAUGGCGGCGCUGGCAGCGGCGGCUGCAGCGACUCAGAAGAUCUCUCCGUCCACAACGACGGUGCUGAACGUCCCUGCAGGAGCGACCCUUGUAAAGACCGUUGCUGUGAGUCCAGGAUCCAACAGUCUGCCGGUCAAAGUGAUGGCUCCAGUUACAAUGGUGAGUAACCCGGCCACCCGAAUGCUGAAAACUGCUGCUGCUCAGGUAGGCGGGGCCUCUGUAGUCUCCACCCCCGGGACCCCCGGGCGACCAAUCAUCACGGUGCAUAAGUCUGGGACGGUGACGGUGUCCCAACAGCCUCAGGUGGUCACCACGGUUGUGGGCGGAGUCACAAAGACCAUCACUCUCGUUAACAGCCCACUCAGUAUGGGAGGAGGCGGAGCUCUGAUCGGUAACCUUGGCAACCUUGGGAAGAUGAUGUCAGUGAUUCACACCAAACCAGGAACGGUUACUGGUCAGGCCGGGAGCAGCCCAGUCACCCAGAUCCUCCAGGCGAAGUCCGGCCUCCCAGCAGGAACCUUCUUGAAGUUGGUGACCUCAGCAGACGGUAAACAGACCGCCAUCCUCAGCACCGCACAGGCCGGAUCCACAACCUCCAAACCUGGGACCACCUACAUCAAGACCAUCCCGAUGUCCGCACUGCAGGGGGGGGCAGGUGCUAACAGUCCGUUCACGAUCCUGACCACCAAGAUGAUGACACCAGGUACUGCUGGAAAGAUCAUCACCUCCUUCCCCAAAAUCACCACAGCCGGCCAGCAGGGGCUCACACAGGUGGUGCUGAAAGGAGCUCCGGGGACGCCUGGUACGAUCGUCAGGACUUUGCCUAUGAGCGGAGUCAGACUGGUGUCACCAGGAGCAAUUGGCACCAAACCCAACAUCACCAGGCUGGUCGUCAAGGGAACCACAGGUUUGUCCAGUCUAGGGACAGUAGCAGGAAGUGUCUCCAGCACGGUGGCAGGAGGAGCUGUCGCCGCCGCCGCCGCCGCCAACGCCUCCCUGGCAACGCCCAUCACUACCCUGGCAACCAUCGCCACGCUGGCCGGUCAGGUUACCACGUCAACUGCAGCAGCCGGACCCAAACAGGUGACUUUGAUCACGACUCCGAGCGGCGCCGAGGCUCAGCCGCUGGUCCAGGAUCUGCCCGUCACCUUCAUGGCUUCUCCUACUUCAGAAGAACCGGGAAAUUCUACAAGUAGUACUACUACUUCUACUACUACUGCAGCAUCAGGAGAGGCUGGAGACACGGCAGCUGCUACAGUGACGCUGGUCUGCUCCAACCCGCCCCAUGAGACUCACGACACCGGAACCACCAACACUGCCACGGUGGCCGCCGCCAGCAUGAGCCAAGAGCUGCAGGUGCUCCUCUCUCCUCAGGUGAGCUCCAACCAGCCUUCAGUUCAGCAGUCUGCUCCUGUUCCUGCCAGUCUGAAUGGAGGGAACACCUGCUCCAAUCCACCAUGUGAGACCCAUGAAACGGGAACCACCAACACCACCACCACAGCUGGAGCUGGAGGACUCCGACAGGUGUGCUCCAAUCCGCCAUGUGAGACCCACGAGACGGGAACCACCAACACCGCCACCACAGCUGGAACUGGAGGACUCCGACAGGUGUGCUCGAACCCACCAUGUGAGACCCACGAGACGGGAACCACCAACACGUCGACCACAGCUGGAGCUGGAGGACUCCGACAGGUGUGCUCAAAUCCACCAUGUGAGACCCAUGAGACGGGAACCACCAACACCGCCACCACAGCUACAGCUCAGCAGAGUGGAGACGGUCUGCAGGGAGACUCCACAGAACCUUCCUCCUCCUCCUCCUCCUCCUCCUCUUCUGACCCCGCCUCCACCACUGCAGUCAGUCAGAGCAGAGCUGUUACCAUGGUUACACAGUCCACACCCACACCCGGGCCAUCCAUACCUGAGAUCUCCUCAUUGGUCGGGGAGGACAGGGUGGAGUCCUCGGAGGCUGUCGCCAUGGUGACGACGGCAGCAGAGGAGGGGGAUGAACCUAUGCAGACAUCAGUCUCAGUGUUACAGGUUCACAUGGAGGGCAGUGAGGCAGCAGCACAGGUGGGCGGUCUUCCUCAGGAGCUGAUGUCAUCAGAAGGGGACGGAGGUGAGGCGGUCUCCAGGGCGACCACCCUGAUGGUGACGGGACUGACCUCGGACCAGCUGGCUGUUACCACGACAACAGAUGAGGCAGUUCAGCAGGCAACGAUACAGGCGGUCCUGCAGGCAGCGGGACACAUCGGAGGGGGGGCGGUGGAUCAGUCCAUCCCCAUCGUUCUGACCCAGCAGGAGCUGGCAGCUCUGGUCCAGCAGCAGCUGCAGGACAUCCACAACCAACCAGAACCAGCAGAACCAGAACCACAGCACAGCUGCAUGCCCACAGAAGGCCUUGCUCCAGCAGACAGCCUGAACGAUCCGGCAGCAGAGAGUAACGGACAGGAGAUGACAUCAUCAGCGGUGACGAGCGCCGUGGCUCGAUUGGCCAGCACGUUUGGCCCCGCACCUCCUCUGGCGACAGGGGGUGUGGCUAAGAUUCAAGCUGAGGCGACCAAUGGCGUUGCAGCAACUGCAGGGAAGAGGGUCCAGGUGACGUCAUCAGUGAAGGACAGUCGGUGGUAUGACGUUGGCAUCGUCAAGGUUACCAACAUGGUGGUCACACAUUACUACAUCCCCGAAGACGACGACAACAUGGCCGACGAUGACUCGGGUGAGAUUCCAGACUACAGUCAGAUGAGGAAGGUGGAGCUGCAGCCGGGGACAGCCUAUAAGUUUCGUGUUGCAGGGAUCAAUAUCUGUGGCCGCGGAAAGUUCUCCGAGGUGUCGGCGUUUAAAACGUGCCUUCCUGGUUUCCCCGGAGCGCCGUGCGCCAUCAAGAUCAGCAAGAACCUGGACGGGGCUCAGCUGACCUGGGAGCCUCCUGCCGUCACAUCAGGGAAGAUCACGGAGUACUCUGUGUACCUGGCCAUCCAGUCCAGCCAGGCCACCUCCACCGGUUCUGGUCCGGCCCAGCUGGCCUUCAUGAGAGUCUACUGCGGUCCCAACCCAUCCUGCCUGGUCCAGGCCACCAGCCUCGCCAAUGCCCACAUCGACUACACCACCAAGCCCGCCAUCAUCUUUCGCAUCGCCGCUCGCAACCAGAAGGGCUACGGGCCCGCCACGCAGGUCCGGUGGCUCCAAGAAAGCAGUAAAGAUGUCAAACCAGCAGUGAAGAGACCCGGAGCUUCUCCUGAUGUUAAACCUGUCGGACCAAAGAAGUUCAGAACUGACCAAUAGGAGGAGCAGACGUUCUGCUGAGGGCUCUGGUUGGUUACCAUUGUCUGAAGCUCCACCCUGCGGCUGGUUGGCGUUUUGACAAGGAGGAGGCGGGGCUCUGACGGAUUUUUGUCCCCCAGGAAACUGAGAAAAUAAGACUUGUAGGAUAUCUGUAUAUUAUCAGCCAAUCAGAACUCUCUUCUUUGGUUGUCACGGAGAUGGCGAGAGGCGGAGUCAGCAACUUUUCACCUUCAAAUGGAGUUUAUUAAAUGUAGAUGUAGCCCCCCCUCCCCUGUGACGUCAUGAUGAAGGUCACGGUGCUAUCGGCGGGUGGGGUCUCUACAGGGGGCGGUCGAGUUUAAAUUAUUUUCUUUCUGUAGCAUCAAAAUAUUUAGUUUUUCCUUUUUUAUAAACGUCUGUAAGAAAAGAAAAGUUAUUUGUUCUUCGGUGGUUUCUUUUUCUUUUGUUGAUGAAGUGCUUGUGGCGGAGCUCACCUAUUGGUCAGUUUGUCUGAGCAGGAAGUGAAUCAAACCCGUUGUUUGUGAAUAUUCUCUGUAACAAUAAAGAUUUUUAGAGCAUUUUUUUA